CCUCCAUUGGCUUCAGGAGGAGGAGGACAAAAGUGGGAAGAGCUCAUGGGACAGAGCCAGACCAGUAGAAUGGGACCUCCGUGGAGCCAGGAGAGUUCUCCAGGUGAGGGGCUUCCCACUGAAUGGAGCAGACAGUGGACAAGAUCCAGACGAGUGCUGCUAGCUGUCCUGAUCUGUGGCCUGCUCCUUGGGUCUUCUGUGCUUUGGGUGUACAUCUUCCGGAACUGUGGUCCUCGUCCUUGUAAGACGCAUGUGUGUUUGGAUCUCCUGGCCCACUACCUGGCCUCUGGAAACAGAAGUGUAGACCCCUGCACUGACUUUUUCAGCUUUGUCUGUGCAAAAGCCAAUGGGACCAGUAACUCUGUUCAGACUCUUACAGACAAGAACAAGAGCCAGCUGUGGAAACUACUGGAGACCCCCAGAUCCUGGCACCUAAGAUCUGGGGAGGAAAAAGCCUUCCAAUUUUAUAACUCCUGCAUGGACACAGACACCAUUGAAUCUGCAGGGGCAGGUCCCCUCCAACAAGUUAUUGAGGAGCUUGGUGGCUGGAACGUCUCCGGCAACUGGACUUCCUUAGACUUUAACCGAACUCUGAGGCUUCUGAUGAGUCAGUAUGGCCACUUCCCGUUCUUCAGAGCCUACCUACGACCUCAUCUAGCCCCUCCGCACACACCAGUCAUCCAGAUAGACCAGCCGGAGUUUGACAUUCUUCUCCAGAAAGAGCAGGAACAGAAGAUCUAUGCCCAGAUCCUGCGGGAACAGUUGACUUACCUGAAUCGGCUGGGAACUUUACUGGGAGGCAACCCCCAGAAAGUGCAGCAACAUGCCGCCUGGUUCAUCUACUUUACCUCACGGCUGUUCCAGUUCCUGAGACCACUAGAGCAGCAGGAGGCACAAGACAAGCUCUUCCACGUGGUUACGAUUAAUGAACUGCAGGAAAUGGCUCCUGCCAUCGACUGGCUGUCCUGUUUACAAGCUACCUUCACACCGAUGUCCUUGAAUCCCAACCAGACCCUUGUGGUCCGUGACCUAGACUACUUGAGAAACAUGUCACAGCUGGUAGAAGAGGAGCUGCUGACAAACAGGGACAUGAUACAGAGCUACAUGAUCUUGGGGCUGGUGGAUACCCUCUCUCCAGCCCUGGACAGUAAAUUCAGGGAAGCACGCAGAGAACUGAGACAGAAACUAGGAGAACUGAAGGAACGACCACCCCUGCCAGCCUACCCACGAUGGAUGAAGUGUGUGGAAGACACAGGAACCUUCUUUGAGCCUACCUUGGCAGCACUGUUUGUUCGGGAAGCCUUUAGCCCCAGCAUCCAAAGUGCUGCCAUGGAAUUAUUUGCUGAGAUCAAGGAUGCUGUAAUUAUACGCCUCAAAAAACUUUCCUGGAUAAGUGAGGAGACCCUGAAAGAGGCCCUGAACAAGCUCACCAAGCUGCAGGUGGAGAUGGGGGCUCCCAAACAGGACUUGAAGCCUGAGCUAGCCAAAGAGGAAUACAGUGAUAUACAACUUGGUCCUAACUUCCUUCAGUCUUUCCUGAGCUGUGCACGGUCCCUCCAGGGCAGAAAUGUGCGGCACUUCUUGCAGCCUUUUCCCUCCCACAGAUGGACGGGAUCUCCCUGGGGAGUCAAGGCCUACUAUUCAGUAUCUGACCACGUGGUGGUCUUCCCGGCUGGCCUUCUUCAGCCUCCGUUCUUCCACCCUGGCUACCCCAGAGCCGUGAACUUUGGCGCUGCUGGCAGCAUCAUGGCCCAUGAGCUCUUGCGUAUCUUCUAUCAGCUCUUACUCCCUGGAGGCUGCCCAGCCUGUGACACCCACGUCCUACAGGAAGCGCUUCUGUGCCUGGAGCGCCAUUAUGCUGCCUUCCCCUUACCCAACAUGGCCCCCUUCAAUGGUUCUCACACACUCCUGGAAAAUGCUGGAGAUAUAGGAGGCCUGGCCAUUGCAUUCCAGGCAUACAGCAAGAGGAUAGCAGAGCACAGUGGGGAGAUGACCUUGCCCACCCUGGACCUCAGCCCCUAUCAGCUCUUCUUCCAAAGCUAUGCCCAGGUGAUGUGUGGAGAGUCGAGCUCACAAGACCCUCAGGACAUUUAUAGCCCUCCCAGUCUUCGAGUCCAUGGACCCCUCAGCAACACCCCAGCCUUUGCCAAACAUUUCCGUUGCCCACAUGGUACCCUUCUGAACCCCUCUGCCCGCUGUAAACUCUGGUAACUUGGCUACCAAAGAAAUUGAUGCAGAUAUGCGGGCAUCU